GUCGGCUGUGUCGUGUCGUGUCGAUUCGAUGUGGAGACAGUUGCGCCUCUAUUUGUUAUCGUGUAUUAUUACAGGCCCGAUUUCCAGUUUUCCACGUUAGAGAUUUACAUUUCGACACCCAUUACACAACUGACGUCGGUUCAGAGCCGUCCGGUUAGAUCGGUAAAAUAAAAAAUACUGAAACCGAAUAAUUAUUAUUAGUGUGUCUGUAUCGUCACCAAACUACAGCGAGGUUGGAACUCGAGGUGGUGAAAGCUAAACAAAAAUGGCAAAUAUUGAAGUUACCGUCAAAACCCUCGAUUCGCGUAAUCAUAAAUUCACAGUUUCAGAGGAGCUCACAGUCAAGGAACUUAAAGAACACAUUGCUGGGGAUGUAGGAACACCAGCAGAGACUCAGCGUUUGAUUUACUGUGGCAGAGUUCUUCAAGAUGACAAAAAGCUCAGUGAAUAUGACCUGAGUGGAAAAGUCAUUCACUUGGUCCAGAGAGCACCUCCAACAGUUGGUAAUCCUCCUUCAGGACCACCAAGAACUCAAGGAUCUAGACCAGGAAACAUUCACUACCACCUAGACAGAGGGUUUCAAAAUGGUGCCAAUCAUUCAUUUGGUUCAGUACCAGCUCCAGCCGGAAGUAGUUCUCUGUUGCGUUUGAAUACAGCCAGACACAUGCUGGAGGAUGCCUCACAGAGUUUGGGAAGGAUCAGUUCAGUUCCCAGCACUGGUUCACUCUUUACAAUGGAUAAUACUGCUGAGGGACCCUACUCAUCCAUACAAAUGGUUCAAGCACAGGCUGCCACUGCUAUAGCUGCUGCAUUUUCAACUGUUCAAUCCUUGGGGGCAAACAAUAUUGCCGUGUUGCAAGGACCUAAUGGAUCACCAGCAGUUCAAGGAUCGUUUGGUUUUCGGGUGCAAGGGCCUCAACCAAAUAAUCCACCAGAGAGUGGCAGUGGCGCGAGCGAACGCGUAAGUCCUACAGCUCCGACUUCAACAACACCCCCUUCAACAACUCCUCCUUCAACCACCCCAUCUGCAACUCCUUCGUCGGCUCCUUCGUCAGCUCCGUCGUCAGCUGCAGCUCCUCCUGGUGACCAACAACCUCGACAACAGCAAAUUCGAAAUCCUCGAGUGUCUGUCUUUGCCGAUGUCAUCGAAGAUAUGGAACGGAUCCAGCAGGAUCUUCGCCCUCAUUUGACAACCGUCCGUCAGCUCCUCAGAGAUGAUCCCGUAUUGGACAGCACAUCACCUGAAUACCGGCAAGCACAACACACCUACAACCAGGUAGCCGAAGGAUUGCACUUUUUGGCCCACGCUUUUCACGCCAUGAGCGAUUUAAUGGUUGACUUUGGAACUCCCCCUCCUCGUGAAGUCCGUGCUAGACCCUACGUCUACCAACAAGUUCUUUCAUCGACCAUACCCAUUCACGCUUCAAUCAGCGUCGAGACUACACAUACCCACCGAGCUCCUCAGACACAGGCUAACCCAGCAGCUCCUGAGGCCGCUACAGCUCCUCAACCGCAACCAGCGCAAGCUCCUCCGCGAUUGCCCACAAGAAUAUCUCCUCAUGAGUUCAUCCGACACGUUACCCGCCCACCCACUGCAGCUACUGCUGCCAAUCCAUCAGUUCCUCCAACUACAAAUCCGACAUUUCAUGGUUGGCGGGCUGCUGGAACGACCGGAACGGGUGUAGCUAAUGCAUCGGCGCAGAAUCCCCCAGCUCCAAGAGCCUCAGUCCAAAUGCUGCACCCUGAAAUGCUGGUCAGGGGAGGACCGCACCCGUUUGGACGUUUGCCUUUAGCCAUGGCGAGUCAAGGAGGCUGGACCCCUGUCAAUUUAGGUGGUCAAAUGCAUCCAAUGUCGCUCUUUAUGGAAGUUCGCUCGAACAACAAUCAACAGGAAGAUCAACAAGCGUCUCGUGGGCAAUCACCAACAUCUUUGGGCGAAUUUGACGACUUUUUACCGUGUCAUUCUCGACAUGUUACCCGCUCGUCUUCAUCCAGACCCGACACUGAGCGAGCCAGACCACGCCCAGUGGUUGUCACUUCCACGUCGGCGGCACAAGCUUUUCCCGGUCUCAAUCAAACCCGUCCACCAGGCCCUGGAAAUCAACCGACAGCCGUUCCGGCCUCCGUCGACGAAUUUAUGAACGAAAUGUUUCGUCAGGUGACGGCCAAUAGCGGUGUACUAUCAGGCGGGGUAGUAGCAGGUGGAACGAGUGGUGGAGAUGGAUCCAGCAGCCCUAAUCCAGUGUUAACCAACGCCUUGUUUAGUAGUUUGCUCCAGGGAGUCAUGCAAGAAGUUGCGGGUGUGGUGAGUGGCCAUCAGUCGCCCAACACGGUGGCCCAUUUCUUACGCAACAUUCCUGAUUUCACUUACACGGCCGGCGAGUCGUUCCUCUUUGACCUCUUUAUGACUAUGGCGGAUCACAUGACAUUCCGUGAUUUGAUGGCCCUAUUUUACGGAAUGCCGGAGGCUUUGAACCAGAUGAGAGAUCAUUUGAGGAAUUUCGCUCGUCAACGAGUCUUACCUUCCGGUGGUGACUUUUCAGACCCUUCCGUCCGACAGGGCAUCAUGACACUGGUCAAUCAAGCCAUGCCCUUACUCCAGAGUGCUGCCGCCGAGGCCAGCAUUCGUCCCGAUGUGGAUUUCGUCGCUACCAUGGCCCAAUUCAUCCAGCAGUGUCUUCACGAAGUCAUCCAGUUAAUUGGAAUGCCAGGUGAAAAUCCGAAUUUCGGCCAACUGAUGAUGGAUAAAAUCCGCCGGACUUUAAUACUCGCUGCAGCUUUAGCCCUCAAUUGUUUCACCGAUGGUUCCACUAGUCUUGAACGCGUUUUCCUAUCUCAGUUGCGUGGAGUAUCGGAUGGAGUUCAUCCAGCAGUCCAAGAGUGGACGACAAAUUCGUCGAUCGAACGUCUUCGUUCACUUUUGGCUUCCGUCGAUUUGGAUCAACUGACGCCAACUAUUGAGCCCAUGGUGAUGAACACGGAACGCGGAAGGACCUGGACUGCCCUUUUCAAUGCAGAAGUGGAAGAGAUGACCGACACAAAUUCACCGGCCGCAGCGACCGUCGUUGCUCCCGAGUCUGUUCCCCCAGUGGCUACUGGAUCGACGGCACCAGUUGAAGAAGAACCGAUGGAUGUGGUAGAAGAGAAGACGGAAGAAGCAGCAUCCGCACCAGUUUCUGCACAGCCCGCAAGACUUAGUCGACUAGAGAAACUCCGCCAAGAUGUUCGUCAAAAGGAAUCCAGCCAAGUGAAACCUCCAGAGCCGGUCAUUGACGUCGUCAUGGGCUCUCAGUCGUGGCACAACGAAGUCCCACGGGAAUGGGUACCGGUGAUUGCCCGUGAUAUCCAACGUCAAAAUCGAGCUCCGCCAAAUGUGCCGCUCAGUGACGCCUACCUGGCCGGAAUUCCCAAUAAGCGACGCAAGUUGGCCGAAGGCAAUCGACCCAACACAAAUCCUCAGUUGCUCCUCCAGGAAACGAUGGAACGCGCCCUGCGUUCUGCCAACGUCUCGUCGGCCGCCGUUGGUGAAGUAACGAAUGUGGCCACUGCCAAUGUCGAAGUGGGCAGCGCCCUUUUGCCGGAAAUCCGCCGUUUGGGCAACGCCAGGCUGGACACGGACGCCGAUUUCGAUGCCGAACGUUUCCCUAACGCAGAGCGAUACUUUCACGGAAACACUUAAAGAGUAAAUAAUAAUAAUAAUAAUAAUAAAACAAAAACAACAAAGAAUCGCCUCCACCCUGCCCUAUUCUCUACCCCCAUAUAAUUAAUUAAUCGGCCAUUUUUCAUGUUUUUUUUUCCCUUCUUCUUCUUCUAUUGAGUCGCCAUGUGUUUUUCAUUUGUUCAAAUUCGAUGUAGGUGGAGUGGGCGAUUUCGAUCCUAAUUGACUUCGAUCGAAUCAUCAUCAUCUGAUAUAAAAAAAAGUAAUAACUUUUCUUCAUUUUUUUCCCUCUCAUUGUUUAUCCGUUUGUUUUCCGCCCAUCAGCUUUUUGAUUUAGUGGUUCCCUCUUCCUAAAUUUUGUUUUUCUUGUAAAAGAUAAAAAUCAACCAAAUGUUGGAAAGUUGUGCGAGUGUCAUCAAUAUUUUGAUUUCCCUACAUUUUCCCGUCAAUGGCCAUCAACAAACUUUUUUUCCCCUUUUCGCUUGAUGGCAUACCCACCAUAAACAAAGACAAUUUUCUUUGCAAUUUGGAUUGUUUUUUUUUUUGUCUGCCUAACACGGAAAUUGAUAGAUGAUUGAUUGAAUAAAGAUUUCUUUUUUUGUUUA